CGUCGGACUCGAUGUAAACACUCAUCAUGGCGCCUGCCGUGUUCUGGGUUUUAUUUCUGCUCGGUUUGUUUUUGCACGCAAGAGGAUUUAGUGAAGUUCAGCAGCUGUCAGAUUCGUGCUACAAGCCAAUGAAGGACCACAGACCGUCGUUAAUUAAGACAUACCCUCGGCCUCAUGAAUAUGUGAACGUCUCCGAUCUCCCCGCCUCCUGGGACUGGCGCAACGUGGACGGCAAGAACUAUGUGAGCAUCACACGUAACCAACACAUCCCGCAGUACUGCGGCUCCUGCUGGGCCAUGGGCGCCACCAGCGCUCUCGCAGAUCGCAUUAACAUCAAGAGGAAAGGGGCGUGGCCAUCCGCUUACCUGUCCGUGCAGAACGUGAUCGACUGUGGAGGGGCGGGAUCAUGCUACGGUGGAGAUCACAUGGGCGUAUAUGCUUACGCACACGAGAACGGCAUUCCCGACGAGACCUGCAAUAACUAUCAAGCCCGAAAUCAAAAAUGUGACUUGUUCAAUCAGUGUGGCACAUGCUCGUUCUUUGGCUCCUGCUCUGUAAUUAAAAACUACACCGUGUGGAAAGUCGGAGACUACGGAGACGUCACGGGGCGAGAUCGGAUGAAGGCGGAGAUCUACAAAAUGGGCCAAUCAGAAUGUGACUUGUUCAAUCAGUGUGGCACAUGCUCGUUCUUUGGCUCCUGCUCUGUAAUUAAAAACUACACCGUGUGGAAAGUCGGAGACUACGGAGACGUCACGGGACGAGAUCGGAUGAAGGCGGAGAUCUACAAAAAUGGGCCAAUCAGCUGUGCAAUAAUGGCCACGAAGGGCCUGGAGGCGUACGAUGGAGGGGUUUUUGCCGAAUUUCACAUCCUGUCGAUGCCGAAUCACAUCGUCUCAGUGGCAGGCUGGGGACGGGCAGAGGACGGGACCGAAUACUGGAUCGUCAGGAACUCCUGGGGAGAGUUCUGGGGAGAGUCAGGCUGGGCCAGGAUCGUCACCAGCGAUUAUAAAGGAGGGAAAGGAAACUGGUACAAUGUCGCCAUCGAGCACUUCUGUGCGUACGGAGAUCCAGUCGUUGCGUAGAAUUAAAACGGACUCCAUCUUGGCGUUGACCCGGGACCAGAGCUCAUAGAGACCUUUUAUAACGGCUAGGAAAUCUAAUCUGAAUGUUGUGGAUGUUAAUAAUUGUUGUCAUAUCAAAUAUGGGAGAUCUGUCACAUUACAAGCUUUUUAGUGGAGUGAUGAUAGUGCACAAUUAAUUUAUUAUUUUAUUUCAAAUCGCAAUGUGAAAUUUGCCAAACACUUGAGAAAUUGUACUUUGGGUCUAAGCUCCAUUUGGGUCUGAAGACUGCUGUAUAAUGUCUGGAGAUGA